AUGACUUAUAUGGCUGAUUAUAAACGAAUGAACACCCCUCUAGAAACAAAGAUCAGUAGUACCGUCGAUGAUCCUCCUCUUGUUGAUCCGAGCUCCUACCGUAGUAUUGUAGGCGCACUUCAGUAUUUAACGCACACACGACCUAAUCUUGCAUUUAGUGUUAAUCUCGUCUCUCAAUUCAUGCACGCUCCUUGCACUUCACACUUAAAAAUGAGGGAAGCGAACAAGGCAAAAGGGAAUGAAAGGACCAAAAGUGCACAAAAAUGUGAAGUUGAGGACCAAAGUGCACAAGUACCGAAAGUUGGGGACCUAACGUUGCAAUUUUGGAGGGCAAAAGUUGUCCCACAACUAGACGUUCCACCACUGGGUAUUGCACAUUUCUUGGUCAGAACCUUCUCUCCUAGUGUGCAAAGAAACAAAGCACGAUGUCUGGAUCCAGUACUGAAGCCGAAUAUUGGUCCUUGGCUCAUACCACAGCUGAGCUUACUUGGCUUUCCUCCUUCGUGA